AUCCGAUCCUAGCUAAGAUCGAGACUCUUUCGUGCGAGAGAUAGAAAAAUGCGAGGCACGAGUUAUCUCCCUUUCGUUAGCCUAGCAGACGAUGGAAGUUGCUUUAGAACCAACUGUGAUCGCGGAGAAGAAACCUCGAGGGAGAAAAAGCAAUUUUUCUCCUGAGGAAGUAGCCAUUCUUAUUGACGAAGGGGUCCACCAUCACUCCCUUUUAUCGGCUUCUUUCGGACCCGGAGUGACGAAGAAAUCUAAAGAUUCUAUGUGUGAGAAGAUAGCUUCAAAAAUAAGUGCCAACACAGCUGGUGUGAGAUCGGCGUGUGAAGUCCGCAAGAAGUGGAAUGACAUAAGAUGCCAGGUAAAAAAAAGAGCUCAGCUCAUGAAAAAGGAGGCCUGUAAGACUGGCGGUGGUCCCUCUGCUGUUAUGCUCAAUGAGCUGGAUGAAAAGGUGCUCUCAACCAUUCCUAUUUGUCAGGUUGAGGGAAUUGAUGGUGGAAUUGAAACUCCACUUUGUACUGAAGAUCAACCUCCAACAGUUGAAGCAUGUCUCCCUCGGGAAAGUGCUGCAGCACUAAGAACAGUGGAAUCAGUUAAUGCGGGAAGUACAUCCACAACAUCAGUGGCAAGUGCUGUGAUCCCCCCAUCCCAAAAGAUAGCAACAAGCACAGCGAUGUCAAUAUCCUCAGCUGUAGCAACAUCAGCCUCUACAGUAACCCCCAGAAGCGGAUCCACAAGCCAUGUGCAGGGUCUGGUGAAGGUAGAGGAGUCAAAGUUGGAGGUGCUGCAACAGCUGCUUAGUGUGGAGACACAGAGGCUGGCCGUGGAGAGGGAGAGACUAGCACUAGAGAGGGACAGACUGGCACUUGACCGGCAGCGUCUUGAGCUAAAGGAGAGGAUGUACAAUUCCAAUGUUGAAAAUUUCAUCACACCUGUGAUAAGUUUUGAUUAAAGAAUGCGGCUUAUUUUUAAUAUU